ACUUUUCUUGCAGGGAGGUACUGCUUAUCGCUCCCCCAAAUCUCUCCACUGACUCACCAGAGGAGGACAGGACGCUCCGGAGCUGCACGCGCACGAUGGACUAAACCUCCCGGAGAGAUCAACAGUCUCAGCUGUGCUCCGACACAAACAAGUGACUUCCUUUGAGUCUUUUUCAAGCCUCGGGACGCUCAGCUAUCGUCAGAUCUCCAGCUAUGAUUCAGAGGAAGGAGGUCGUGUUGUCGGUUCUGGGGGAGCUCCAGGAGGCCACGGAGAGCGCCGGCCUGGACGCUCUGACCAGAGUGGCCCUGGAGGUGGACCGGGUCCUCGCUCCCUUUGAGCUCCCAGAAACCCCCUGUCAGGAUUUCCCCGAGUGGGCAGGUGUGGAUGAUACGGCUCAUGGUUUGUACCCACCUGAUGCGCCCAGGAGCCUCCUGCCUCUGAACUGCAAAGGAGAGGGCAACCUGCUGUUUGAUGCCGUCAGCAUGCUGUUAGUGGGCAACACUGGACUGAGCUUGGAGCUACAGGUGCGGACAGUUGUGGAAAUGGUGCUGUGGAAGAGAUACUACCUCUCCGGGAUGAUCGAUUCUAAAAUGAUGCUCCAGGCUGUUCGCUUCAGCCUCUGUGCUGAAGAGUCUGAGGACAUGCUCAACCUGCCUGUAACUGUCCUGGAGGCCAUCUUUGACGCAGAUGUGAAGGCGUCCUGCUUUCCCGGCUCCUACGCCAACAUGUGGCACCUGUACGCGCUGUCGUCAGUCCUGCAGUUUAACAUCUACUCCAUCUACCCCAUGUUCAACCUCAAGAUCCGACCCUAUUUCAACCGCGUCAUACGGCCGAGGACCUGGCCGAAAGACUGUGAGCCGCUAACGCUGCACAUCAUGUGGUCUGGCGUGCUGCAGUCCGAGUCUUUGUUUAGGCCAAACCACUUUGUGGCACUCGCCCAGACAAGUGACCUUACGCUUGGAAGCCCUGACAGCGAGCAGAGGGCAUCGCCGACCAAGAGCGAUGAGAUGCUGAACCAGGAUUUGCAGCUGUCUUACCGGGGCCUGAAGGACAAGUACAACAUCACCAAGAGGACCUUCUACCGCUGGAAGAGGCAGACGCAGGAGCAUUGCAAAAAGUCUGCAGCCAGAUAUGAGGCAAAGUACUUCCUGCAGGCCUGCUACUUAGAAGGCAAGCUCAUUCCUCUGCACCAGUUCAAAGAGUUUUUCCCAGAAAUCUCGAGGUCUUCGUACUACAACUGGAAGCACGAGCUCCUGAAAUCCGGAGGAAACUUCUCUACCUCAUCUUCAACCGGAGAGAUAAGUCCUGGAGAGAGCACGGAACAGGAGGCCUGGUCUUCCCCAGAGGCGAAGCAGGACGAGCCGGAUCACCACGACAGCGUGGCCAGUAUGUUUGGCUUCAACCUCGGCAAGCUGGAUCUGGAGCGCGCCCAAAAUAUAGCUCACAUGCAGGAAGCUAAGCGAUGUCUUCAAAAUUGCAUCGCCAUGAACGCCUCCCUCCCUUUUAGGAUCUUCAAAAGAAACUUCCCGGGAAUUUCCAGAUCAACCUACUACAACUGGAGGAGAGAAGCCAUGAUGGUCACCCACGGGUACAAAGGGAGCGCUGGCAGCAGCGAGGACAGCUCAGAUGCCGAUAAGAGCCAAAGCCCAAAAAGUCUUUCACCAGUCAUCCCCAAUUCCAAUCAUCCAUUCAUGCCCAGAGCGAGAAUCUGCAGACGAAAACAUAAAAGUUUCAGGCUGGCGUACAUGAGCAAAAAACAGCUCCGAGAUGCUGCAAAGCUGCACGUCCAGAAGUCCAAAUGGUCCCUGACGAAGUUCAAGCUCAAGUUCCCGUCCAUGUCUCCGUGUUUCUACUGGCUCUGGCGCAGCGGCCAGAACCGCAAGAAGAAGGUGCUCCCGCCGAUUGUUAGCAUCAACCUUCCUGAAAGUCUGGGGAACGCUGCUACAGAAAACAAGAUCACAGAGAGGAGGGUGGAUAGUCAGCACCCAUUUGUCACGACUCCUAAAUACCUAAAAACUUCCCCCAUGCCCUCCUUUGAUGCCCCACUUUCAAAGCACGCCCUUCACCGCAAGGCACCCAUAGAUGAGCAGAUGUUUGCGAUGGAUGUUGUGGCUCUGGCUAACUUCAAGGCCAAGGCCAAGCUGUUCCUGCAGCAACGCUUCGAGGAGAAAUCCUUCCCCACGUUUAAAGAGUUCAGGUCUUACUUCCCCUUCACCCCGCGCUCCACAUACUACAUGUGGAAGCGAGCUUUGCAUCACGGAGUGUCGCUGGUUCAUGGAUAAAUCUUCUUUUUUUUUUAAAAAAAAGGGCAACAUGAAAGCUCUGCUGAAGAACUUCUACGACAUGCAUCACUCCACCUCAACAUACUACCUACCCAGUUUUCCUGUUUUCAAAGACCGUUAACUGGCUUAGCAUCUAAAUGCAUUGUGUCCUUCCUCUGCCCCACCACCACCGCAGCUCAUUGGUCCCUCCUGGACAUUUGCACGUGUGUGAAAAGAAACUCAGCCAUCGGUGCGUUUAAACCCUGCAUGUUGCCCUGCAGGCAAAAGGCAGUUCAAAGCUGUUGUUUUGUGGCAUUUUGCUUGAAGCCUUUUCUCCUCUAUUCUCUUUUAAUCCUCGCUAAGCAUUGUACUCCGGGUCCUUAAUUUUUUUCAGUUUUCCUUGUUUCAUUAAUGCCUAAGUGUAUGGUGUCUUUUUGUUGAUGCUUGUGAUAUUGAUCUCGGAGAUUCCUGUUUUGUUUUUUUUUUAUUUGAAUGUGAAGAGCAGCUGGUAUUUGUUUUCAGAGAUGAGUUUACUUCGGCUUGUUCAAACAUCUUCUGCAAACAGGCGUCCAGUCAAACUUUUUCCUUUGGAUUAUUGAAUGUAAACACACUGUGCACCAAAGGUUUUUUCGGUGGCUGUCUUGAGGUUUUUUUUUUAGCCAAACUACUUUUGAAAUGCCUACUUUUCUUCUGGUGAUGAAUAUUAUAGAAACUGUGAGUUUUUUCACACUGUAUUUGCACUGAAAUGGUUUCCCAUCACACUGUUGAAUGUUUUGUCUUGACCAUGAUGCACAUUUUGGUUAAGUUUGAAUUUUCCGACAAUCCUGUUUCUAGAAAUGUUUACAUGGUUUCUUUACUUGAAAGCUGAAUAUAAAUGUAGAUAUUUUUAUUUUUUGUAUGAAUUUUCACUCCAUAACUACCUACUGCCUUGUAAUUUUGGGGAAUAUUUGCCUUGAUAAGCUACGUUGUCUGCUGCUUCUCAUCAAAUGACGCUUCAGUCUCUAAACAAACUCAUUUUGUAGAACCGCCGCUUUAAUAACCGUAAACAGCAGAUACAAGUUUACAUUUAUACUUUCUGUAUUUAUUCUUCUUAGUUAUUACACGUCUGAAAAUUGGUACUGUUGCCGCUGGCAGCCUGCGUGUUAGUCCGUCAGUAGAUGAGGAAGUCUUUGCUGUUAGGCUGUUUAUCAAUAAACCAUCGA